CUCACCUUAUCCACACUUGAACCACAAUCUUUUAUCCAAUUCAUCAUCUCCUCCUGCCACGUCACUCCUUAUCAAAUAUCCUCAUUCACAAAUCUAUUAUUACUCAAAAGGACUUUGUGGAAAAAGCCAAUUACGCUCCAUUUGUUUUGUGUAGUAAACUAAUUUCCUUUUCCAGCAAUGGCAGCCAUGAACUCGAGCGUUUUGGCAUGCAACUAUGCCAUCUCAGGCACCGGGUCAUCUGAGCUUAAUGCCAAGCUUGCUUCAGUGCCUUCAGUUGCUUCCCCAGUUGUGUCUGGUGGUCGCAAGUUGCCUGUGAUCAGAGCCCAGCAGGCUAAAGUUUCUGAUCCCGAAGAAUCACGUGCCAGUGAAGGAAGAAGAGCUGCUAUGCUCUAUUUGGCCGCUACCCUUUUCACCACAGCUGCCGCCUCUUCUGCAAAUGCUAGUGUCUUCGAUGAAUACCUUGAAAAGAGCAAAGCCAACAAGGAAUUGAAUGACAAGAAGAGGUUGGCCACUAGUGGAGCAAACUUUGCCAGAGCAUACACAGUUCAAUUUGGCACCUGCAAGUUCCCUGAGAACUUCACUGGCUGCCAAGAUCUCGCAAAGCAAAAGAAAGUACCAUUCAUCUCUGAUGAUUUGGAGUUGGAAUGUGAAGGAAAGGACAAAUACAAGUGUGGUUCCAAUGUCUUCUGGAAAUGGUAAAGAAAUCCAUAUGUAUUGCUUUCACUAAAACCAUCUACUCUAGCACAACAUGUAUCUAAUUUUCCCAUUUAAGAGACUUUAAUAUCCAUUGGUUUUCUUGAC